AUGAAGAACUUGUACAGAAAGACUAAACAGAAAAAUGGGGUCAAAAUAGAAUUUCAAGAAAUGGAGAGGGGAAAGUAUUAUUUGUUGAGGAGGAGACAGGUCAAGGCAGAGACUGAGGCUUGGGAGAAGAUGGUGGAGGAGUAUAGAGAGUUGGAAAGAGAAAUGUGCGAGAAAAAAUUGGCACCCAACUUGCCUUAUGUGAAGAAAUUGUUUUUGGGUUGGUUUGAGCCAUUAAGGGUGGCUAUUGAGAAGGAACAAAAAACGCAGAGGACAAAGAAGCAUAAGGCAGCCUUUGCACCAUAUAUUGGUUCAUUGCCCGCGGAUAAGAUGGCAGUUAUUGUGAUGCAUAAGUUGAUGGGGUUGUUGAUGAUGGGGCAUGAAAAUAGGUGUGUCCGAGUGGUUCAAGCGGCGGUUCAGAUUGGUGUGGCAAUUGAACAGGAGGUUAAGAUUCAUAGUUUUUUGGAGAAAACUAAAAAAUACCAGAGAAAAAAGAUUGUAGCUCAAACUCAAGAAGAAUUGAGUAAGGACACAGAAAUGCUAAGAACCCGUGUUAAAAGUUUGAUCAAAAGGAAAAGAAUAAUUGAGGUGCAAAAGCUGGUGAAAAAUGAAGAAACUAAGCCUUGGGGUCGAGAUACUCAGGCUAAGCUGGGAUGUUGUCUGAUAGAAUUAUUGACAGAAUCAGCUUAUGUGCAACCUCCACUUAACCAAUCAGCAGAUAGUCCACCUGAUAUCCGACCUGCAUUUAGGCACACAUUCAAGAUUGCUCCAAAGGAACCAGGGCAGAGUGUUGUGAAAAAAUAUGGAGUCAUAGAAUGUGAUCCCCUGGUCCUUGCUGGACUUGAUAGAACUGUUAAGCAUAUGAUCAUUCCUUAUGUGCCGAUGUUGGUGCCUCCCAAAAAAUGGAAAGGGUAUGACAAAGGUGGGUACUUGUUCUUACCUUCAUAUCUCAUGCGUACACAUGGAUCAAGGCAGCAGCAAGAUGCCAUUAAAAGUGUUCCUGCAAAACAAAUGCAGAAAGUAUAUGAGGCAUUGGAUACACUUGGGAACACCAAAUGGAGAGUGAACAAAAGAGUACUUAGUGUGGUGGAGAGCAUUUGGGCUGCAGGUGGCAACAUUGCGGGACUAGUUAAUCGUGAAAAUGUUCCCAUACCUGAGAAACACUCGGAGGACUUGGGAGAAUUAAAAAUAUGGAAAUGGAAUGUCAGGAAAGCGAAAAAAAUUAACCAAGAGAGGCAUUCUCAACGAUGUGACACUGAACUUAAGCUUUCGGUCGCUCGUAAAAUGAAAGAUGAGGAAGGUUUCUACUAUCCUCACAAUCUUGAUUUCCGAGGCCGUGCUUAUCCUAUGCAUCCACAUCUGAAUCAUCUGAGUUCAGAUCUCUGUCGAGGAGUUCUUGAGUUUGCUGAAGGACGACCAUUAGGGAAGUCAGGAUUACGUUGGCUAAAGAUACAUUUAGCAAAUCUUUAUGCUGGCGGUGUUGAUAAGCUUUCCUAUGAUGGGCGUCUAGCGUUUGUGGAUAACCGUUUGAAUGAAAUACUGGAUUCAGCAGACAACCCUCUGAAUGGGAAUCGCUGGUGGUUAACCGCUGAGGACCCUUUUCAGUGCUUAGCAGCUUGUAUCAAUCUGUCAGAAGCCAUGAAAAGCUCAUCACCACAUACUGUUAUCUCCCACCUGCCAAUUCAUCAGGAUGGUUCAUGCAAUGGCUUACAGCACUAUGCUGCUCUGGGCAGAGACACUUUAGAAGCAGCUGCUGUCAACCUAGUUGCUCGAGAUAAACCUGGUGAUGUUUACUCGGAAAUUGCAGCAAGGGUUCAUGAUAUCAUGAAAAGGGACAGUACCAAGGACCCUGCAACCUGUUCAAAUGCUUUGUUAGCUAAGAUCUUAAUUGGUCAGGUGGAUAGGAAGCUGGUUAAACAGACAGUGAUGACUUCAGUAUAUGGCGUUACUUAUGUUGGUGCACGUGAACAGAUCAAAAGAAGAUUGGAGGAGAAGGGCCAGAUUACCGAUGACAGGAUGCUAUUUAAUGCAGCCUCCUAUGCUGCUAAAGUAACACUUACCGCCCUUGGAGAGAUAUUCCAAGCAGCGCGUGGCAUAAUGGGUUGGCUUGGUGAUUGUGCAAAUUUGAUUGCUUCAGAAAAUCAACCUGUGCGGUGGACAACCCCUCUAGGUCUGCCUGUCGUGCAGCCCUAUUUCAAAAGUGAAAGACAUGUUAUAAGAACUUCUCUUCAGGUAUUGGCUUUGCAGCGUGAGAGUGACUCUAAAACAGAGAACUGCAUUCCCUCCAAAUUUUGUACACUCACUUGAUGGUUCGCACAUGAUGAUGACUGCGGUCGCUUGCAGGGAUGCUGGGCUACGUUUUGCAGGAGUGCAUGAUUCCUUCUGGACACAUCCAUGCGAUGUUGACAGGAUGAAUCGGAUACUAAGGGAAAAAUUUGUGGAGCUUUAUAGCAGGCCAAUACUAGAAAAUUUGCUUGAAAGCUUCCAGACAUCAUUUCCAGCACUGACAUUUCCUCCCCUACCAGAUAGAGGCGACUUCAAUUUGCAUGAAGUUAUUGGGUCGCCAUAUUUUUUCAACUGACCCUCUACAAGCUGGCUGCAUUGUAUAUUUGAUAUAGUUCCACCGUUCCAGGCCCUGAAGGCACCUACAUGUUAGCUGACAUGCUGUUUGAGACUUGGCAGAAACUCUUUCAAAAUUUGGACACUUCCAAGGAGGGGGAAUAAAAGCUGAUGGCAGACCGCACAAGGCGGCUAUAAUUAGAUUUCUUGCAUCCCUAAAAUUCUGGAGGGAUUAUAAGAGAAUUUUUUGAUAUAUGUCGAGUGAAAUCAGCAUAUGAGGGCCUUUUGUGGUAUGCAAGUCGAGUUGCUAUUCCCUUGUCCAAUCAUACACCGAAAGAUUUACCUUCAAUACUUGUUGGAAUUUCAGAAAGUUGAAAAUUCUGAUUCGCAAGCAAGGAAAUUUCUGGAGAUGGAUACAUGAGUAGUGCUAAAUACUUGCUGGGGAGUUGGUAAUCAUGGGUGAAGAUGGACACCACUGAUUCUUUAUGGUUCUGAAGAGAGUUUCUGUUGGCAGAUGAGGUCAUUCGGUUUGUAUUUUGUGUCUGUUGUAUAAAAUAGAGAGUGAUCUUGAUUCUUCCACAGUUAAUGGGGCAUCCGGUAUUUUAUCUAAUGAGGGGUGCAAAUUUAGAAGGAAUUGAAGAUAUACUGUACUGUAAUUCAUAGAUGCACAUUGGCACAUACAAAGCAUUAAGCAAUGUUGCUCUUGUAAUAUGAUUCAAAAGAAAAUUUUGGUAGCAUUAUUCAUUUUGUUAAGAG